GCGGGGGACGGGCUCAAACUUGGGGAGGCGGGUCCGCGCGUGGCCCUCCCUGUCGCCCGCCUCCCCGAGGAGGAGAGAGGUCACUGCGUGAAGCCGUCGCUGUCGCCCCGGUUUCUGAGCUCUUCGCGCCGCGGGCUGCAGCCAUGGCCUACUGCCGGCAAGAAGGGAAGGAUCGAAUCAUAUUCGUGACCAAAGAAGACCAUGAGACGCCAAGCAGUGCUGAGCUGGUGGCUGAUGACCCCAACGAUCCAUAUGAGGAGCACGGAUUGAUUCUGCCCAACGGAGAUAUCAACUGGAACUGCCCGUGUCUUGGGGGGAUGGCCAGCGGGCCCUGCGGAGAGCAGUUCAAGUCAGCCUUUUCCUGCUUCCACUACAGCACAGAAGACAUCAAGGGUUCGGACUGUGUGGACCAAUUCCGGGCCAUGCAGGAAUGCAUGCAGAAAUACCCAGAUCUCUAUCCCCAGGAGGAAGAGGAGGAGGAGGAAGAGAAGCCAGAACAGGACACAGCUGCCACUGAGCCCCCUGGAAACAAAGAAAAGGUGGAGUCCAGCUAAGGAGGUCUUGAGGCCUGGCCCCUGACUUUCCACUUCUGGGUGGCAUGAACUUUUUUGCAAAAUGCCUUUUCAGUCACUCUCCAGGAAAGUGUCUUUUCCCUCAUUUGUUCUCUGUACUCGAAUGUACAACAUUAACUUAUUUUUAUCAUCAGGGAUGUCAGCCCCUUGGCGUACACUGGAAAAAGAAGCAUGGGUUGUUGUAGGUGGGUGUGUCUGACAUAAAACCUCCGGUAAAGGUAGCUAGCUGUCACUCAAAUUCUCCUCAAAUUUUCCUGGAUUUUUUUUGUC